CAACUCGCUCUGUUCGGCCUCUUUUAACCGUCACCACCGUCAACUCCCCAACACCCAACACCAACUCCACAUCCAUCACCAUCACCACCGCUCCUGCGGCCUACGCUCUGCUGUGCUCGCCUCGUCGCCCCCUGCAGCAACUUCAGUCCAACGCUGCAACCCCGCUGCAACGCUUCUGUCCGGCUCCCGCUCCACGCACACACUCGCACUCACAUACUGCCAUCCGCACCCUCCUGAACGUCCUUUGCCGGCCCCCGCUGUCUGUCGCCGCCAGCCCUCUCUCGCGCUGCCCUGUUGCACGCAGACACCUUCCCCGCGCUUCCGCCGUCGCCGACACGUAGCCUGUCAACAGCCGCCCUUCUCUCGUCGCCCCUUCGCGUCCCCGUUCACAACUCUUCCUUCGCCCUGCUCCAGGCACCCCACACACGACCACCAGGCUCUCGCGCUCCAGCAGCAAAAGGGUAUAUGUAUUCGCGCCCGAUCCACGAUUUUCAAAUCGACCCUCCGCCCAAGCUGCACACGUCUCGCAUACGGCGAAGGCCGGACAGCGGACAUCACAAAACCAACGGCUAACCGCCCCCCUGUACCGCCCGCUCACCUUCUCGCGCCCGUAUUCUAGAAAAGGGAUCCCAAGGACCUUAUCCGCGAAAGAAAUACACCAGACAGGCAUUCACGUCGCCCCGCGCGGUCAACCGACCAUCCGUCAAUCGUCUGCCGGCUCCAAAUCCGCGUCAGGAAAUCCAGAUCCAACGGAGGAACAACCGCAUGUCUCCGUUUCCGUCACCGUCGCCGUCGUCGUCUCUGUCUACACUCGUCCUCAGUCGCUGUCAUCGACCUUAGAUUCCUUCCGCCACACGCACACGUCCCUUGCCUUGAGCUUAAGUGAGACCCGUUCUGCACUGCUCAGCUGAAACCCCUACGCGUCGCCACAAAGGAAAAGGAAAGAAACCAAACUCGUCUCAUCAGCCUCACCCAUCAAGAUGGCCACCAUCAACAUUCGUCGUGAUGUCUCCGACCCGUUCUACCGCUACAAGAUGGAGCGCAUCCAGAGCAAGAUCGAGGGCAAGGGCAAUGGCAUCAAGACCGUCAUCCCCAACCUGCCGAGCAUCUCUCAGUCGCUCGCACGUCCGCCCAACUACGUGAUCAAGUACUUCGGCUUCGAGCUUGGCGCUCAGACCAACAAGGAUCCCAAGGACGACCGGUGGAUCAUCAACGGUGCUCACGACGCCGCCAAGCUUCAGGACCACCUCGAUGGCUUCAUCAACCGCUUCGUGCUAUGCAAGCAGUGCAAAAACCCGGAGACGGAUCUCAAGUUCAAGGACGGCCGUAUCCUGCUGGACUGCAAGGCGUGCGGCCAACGCACCGAGGCUGACCUGCGUCACAAGCUCAGCUCCUUCAUCUUAAAGGAUGCCAAGUCCGGCAAGGGCAAGAAGGACAAGUCGACCAAGAAGGCCGAGCGCAAGGCUCGCAAGGAGGCUGAGCACGAGAACGGCUUGAUGGCAAAUGGUGGUAGCCCCCAUGACAGCAACUCGGACCACGGUGGAGCUGCCGUCGACGAGGACGAGGCGCUGGCUGCUGGCAGCGACGACGAGCUGACCCGUCGCAUCAACGAGGAUGCCAAGGGCAUCGACGUCGCCGACACCGGCGUCAAGUGGUCUGUCGACACGUCUGACGCUGCCGUGGCUGCCCGUGCCAAUCAACUGCCUUCGGACUUUAAACGCAAUCUCACGCUUGACGACGACGACGAGGAAGGAGCCGAGGGCAACGCAUACGACUCCUUCGGCACCUGGAUCCUAGAGGAGGGUGAGAAGGCUGGCGGCGUCACCAAGCUUGACAACGCUGCCAUUGGCAAAAAGGCCCAGGAGUUUGGGAUCGACAAGAAGCACAAGACCAUGACCGUCCUGGCUCAGACGCUCUUCACCAAGGACGUUGUGUCGCCCAAGAACGACGAGAUUGAGGAGCGCGCUCCCCUGCUUCAACUGAUGAUGAAAGGCUCUGAACGCCAUCAAAAGGCCUUUUUGGGUGGCAUUGAGCGUUUCAUCGAGAAGAACGAUCUGGUGCCCAAGACGUCGCUGCUGCUUAUCAAGCUCUACCAGGAGGACCUGCUGGACGAGGAGCUGGCCAAGUCCUGGGGUGCAAAGGCUAGUAAGAAGUACGUUGACCUGUCCACGUCCAAGAAGAUCCGCCAGAAUGCCAAGCAGUUCCUCGAGUGGCUCGAACAAGCCGAGAGCGAGGACGACGAGGACAGCGACGAGUGAACAGUCCGCGGCAUGAAGACAAGUAUUCCGCAGCUGCGCCUGUCUUUUUCUUGGUAGGGGUUUUUCCCAAUCGCUUGGUCACUCAAGGCUUACUGCUUUGCGUUCAGAAGUCAAGCCGACGCACACGACCACGGCUUGAAGCUUUGUUCUACUCUUUUGUUUUUGUUUCGCUCUGUUUUGGAUUUCUGGAGUCUUUUGACUGCCCACGGACCACUCUCCUCUUCUUCUCCCUUGUCAUUCCUGCGAACUUUUUGUGUUGAUUGGCAAAAGCCGACUGCAUGUGUCACUUUCCCCAACUCUAGCAGUAGACAAAAUUCGAAAAGUUGAACCCAUGAAGACAACUCUCGUGUGCGUGCGCGCUCCUUGUCUUUCCUGUGACGAACAGAACCUGAGUUCCGAUCUC